AGAAUUGCAAUCGCAGAGAGUACGAAGCGAACAAAUCGAAAGAGAAGAGAGUUACUUACGCAGUAAGCGACUAGUAUCUAACAUUUGCUGUGAUUUUGGAAACACAGAGGAUAGGAAAAUGCCGAAAGCAGUUGGAAUCGAUUUGGGAACGACCUACUCGUGUGUAGGGGUCUUUCAACAUGGCAAAGUGGAAAUUAUUGCCAAUGAUCAAGGCAACAGAACAACACCGAGCUACGUUGCCUUUAACGACAACGAGAGGCUGAUUGGAGAUUCUGCAAAGAACCAAGUGGCCAUGAACCCAGAGAACACGAUUUUCGAUGCCAAGAGGCUAAUCGGGAGACGUUUCGACGAUGCCACAGUACAAGAGGACAUGAAGCAUUGGCCCUUCAAGGUCAUCAACGACAAUGGCAAACCAAAACUGACGGCAACCUACAAGGGAGAACAGAAAUAUUUCUUUCCAGAGGAGAUUUCUUCGAUGGUUCUCACCAAAAUGAAGGAAACAGCAGAAGCAUACCUCGGUGAGAAAAUCAAAGAUGUCGUCAUAACAGUUCCAGCUUAUUUCAAUGACUCGCAGAGACAAGCUACAAAAGAUGCAGGAAUCAUAGCUGGUCUAAACGUUUUACGAAUAAUCAAUGAGCCGACAGCAGCAGCGAUUGCGUACGGACUGGACAAGGGGUGCACCAAGGAAAAGAACGUGCUCAUUUUCGAUUUAGGUGGUGGCACAUUCGACGUCUCAAUACUCAGCAUCGAAGACGGGGUGUUUGAGGUGAAGUCGACUGGUGGAAAUACCCAUCUCGGUGGUGAAGAUUUUGAUAAUCGUGUUGUUGAUCAUUUUAUAAAGGAAUUCAAACGCAAGUACAACAAGGACAUUAGUGGAAACAAGAGAGCUUUACGGAGACUUAGAACUGCUUGCGAAAGACUGAAGAGGGCACUGUCAUCAGCAACUCAAGCCAGCAUCGAGGUCGACUCUCUCUUUGAAGGCAUCGACUUUUACUCUUCCUUGACAAGAGCUCGCUUCGAGGAACUCAACGCUGACCUGUUUCGUGGCACCUUUGAACCAGUGGAGAAAGCCUUAAAAGACGCCCAGUUAAGCAAGGGACAGAUCGAUGAGAUAGUUCUGGUUGGUGGAUCAACGAGGAUACCAAAGGUGCAAAACAUGUUGCGUGACUUCUUUAAUGGUAAAGAGCUUUGCAAAGGAAUCAAUCCAGACGAAGCUGUUGCUUACGGUGCAGCAGUGCAGGCAGCAAUCUUGAGUGGUGACAAAGACGAAGGAGUAAAAGACCUACUGGUGAUUGAUGUGGCACCCUUGUCUCUUGGAAUCGAAACGGCUGGUGGAGUAAUGACGACUCUCAUAAAGCGAAGCACUGCAAUCCCAACCAAAAAGACAGAGACAUUCACGACGUACGCUGAUAAUCAGCCAGCAGUCACCAUCCAGGUAUAUGAAGGAGAAAGGGCAAUGACUAAAGACAACCACUUGCUCGGACGGUUCGACUUGUCGGGAAUCCCUCCAGCACCAAGAGGAGUGCCAAAAAUUGAUGUCACUUUUGAUAUCGACGCAAAUGGAAUACUGAACGUAACUGCAGUGGAGAAAAGCACAGGCAAGAACAGCAAGAUAACAAUUACUAACGACAAGGGUAGGUUGUCUGCCGAGGAAGUUGAGAGAAUGGUUCAUGAUGCAGACAGGUACAAAGAGGAGGACGAGAAACAACGGGAGAGAGUGCAGUCAAAGAACAACUUGGAAACUUAUGUCUUUAGUGUGAAAAAUACGAUGGAAGAUCAAAAUGUUGCAAGCAAAACAUCGCAAGAAGACAAAGAACGAGUUCUGUCCAAGUGUAAAGAAGUCAUUGAUUGGCUGGAUAGAAACCAAUCAGCAGACAAGGACGAGUUUGAGCAUCAGCGAAAAGAGCUGGAAAAUGUGGCUAGGCCAGUUAUUACGAACUUGUACAGUGCUGGUGGGGCUGGUGGAAUGUCAGCUGGACAAGCAACGUCUAAUGGACCAACUGUAGAAGAAGUUGAUUAAAUAGCUUGAAACAUUCUGGGACAUUUACAAAUAAUUAUGAAAUGAGAUUCGUCUUUGAAAUUUUGUUUCGAGUUCGAUCUUUAAUAACAUUACGUCUUUGUAGUUAGGUAUUGAAAUAUUUUUGCUGUAGGG